AUGGCAGAAUCGAAAUCCGAUACUGAAUUUAAGAUCCAGCCUGAAGCCAUCUCGGCUAGCAAAAUUAACACUGAGGAAUGGCCCUUGCUGUUGAAAAACUUCGACAAGCUUCUUGUUCGUACGGGCCAUUAUACCCCCAUCCCUUGUGGUAGCAAUCCUUUAAAGCGCCCAAUUGCUGACUAUGUUUCUUCGGGUGUGAUGAACCUGGAUAAACCAGCUAAUCCAUCUUCUCACGAAGUUGUUGCCUGGGUGAAAAAAAUUCUUCGUGUAGAGAAGACUGGCCACAGUGGUACUUUGGAUCCCAAGGUCACUGGCUGCUUGAUUAUUUGCAACGAUCGUGCCACUCGUCUUGUAAAAUCUCAACAAAGCGCUGGUAAGGAGUACGUUUGUAUUUUGCGUCUUCACGAUGCUAUUGAGAACGAGCGCAAGCUUGCUUCUUCUAUUGAGACUCUCACCGGUGCCUUGUUCCAGCGUCCUCCUUUGAUUUCCGCUGUCAAGCGUCAGUUGCGUAUUCGUAGCAUUUACGAAUCCAACUUGAUUGAAUUUGACGAAGACAGAAAUCUUGCCAUUUUCUGGGCUAGUUGUGAAGCUGGUACUUAUAUGCGUACCCUUUGUGUUCACCUCGGUCUCUUGCUUGGUGUUGGUGCUCAUAUGCAGGAGCUUCGUCGUGUCCGCUCUGGUUGUUUGUCUGAGAACGACGACAUCAUUACUAUGCAUGAUAUAUUAGAUGCUCAAUGGCUUUAUGACAACACUCGCGAUGAGUCUUACUUGCGUCGUGUCAUUCGCCCCUUGGAGUCUCUCCUCGUCGGCUAUAAACGUGUUGUCGUCAAAGACAGCGCUGUGAAUGCUAUUUGCUACGGUGCCAAAUUGAUGAUUCCUGGUCUUCUUCGCUAUGAAUCCGGCAUUGAGGUGAAUGAUGAAGUUGUCCUUAUGACUACUAAGGGUGAAGCUAUCGCCGUCGGUAUUGCUCAAAUGUCUACUGUUGAGCUUUCUACUUGUGAUCAUGGCGUUGUUGCCAAGGUUAAGCGUUGCAUCAUGGAACGUGAUCUUUAUCCUAGACGUUGGGGUCUUGGACCUCAAAAGGGUAAACUUGACAAGUAUGGCCGUGCUAACGAAAAUACCCCUGCCGACUGGUCAAAGAGUUACGUUGACUACAACGAUCCUAACGCUGCUCCUGCUGCUGCUUCCGCUACCCCGGUGGCUGCUCCUACACCAGUCCCCGAGUCUGUUCCUGAGCAUGCUCCUUCUGUAGAGGCCGAUGCUGAAAAGAAGGACGAGUCUACCAAGAAACGCAAGUCCGAAUCUGAAGACGAUGAAGCCGCCAAGAAGGAAGAAAAACGGCGGAAGAAGGAGGAAAAGAAGGAGAAGAAGGAGAAGAAGGAAAAGAAGGAAGACAAGAAAGAGAAGAAGGAGAAAAAAGACAAAAAGGAAAAGAAAAAAUCCGAGUAA